AGUGUGGAACAUGUCAAUCUCGCGACAAAAAUGCCAAAUGGGAAGACAAGUCAAAGACAGAAGAAGCAACUCAGUUGUUUCUCUCCACAAUCAAAUUCUUCCACACAAUCAAUCCCUCUCCUUCACCACUCUUUGACUCUCAGAGUAACUACGAUUUCAGCUCAAUCUUAUCUCUUCCGGAUCCACAUCGAUUUUCCAGGUACUUACCGAUACCGAUCUCACUUUCAAUUCCAGCCUCCUGCAACGAAAGCUCUUGUCUUGAUUCUCUCACUCUGCUUCCUAUAGACCAGAUUUUCCUCAGAUCAUCAAGUACGAUUUCUGUUUCUGUAGGUUCUUCCCUGUCUUUUUUUUUUUUUUUUUUUGGCUCAAAACACCGGUUCUGGAUUCUGUUUGUCAUAAAAGUCAACAUCUUUUGGGGUUCUGAUUAAUCGUCCCUGAGACAGUCCAUGUUUCUUGGAAUCUUCUCCAAAACCAUGGAGGACAAAUCAAAUUCCAGCAGGAACAGCACUCCCCCACCUCUUCAACAGAUCCGAACCGACAUGGGUUCCUUAUACUCUGCAGAUCUUACUGCUUACAAGUCAGCUUGUAGAGAAGAUCCCGAUUUACAAUCCUUCGAUUCCUCUCUUCACCAACGCACCAACCGAGUCAUCAGCUCGCUAGCCUCUGGUGCCGAAACUCGGUCUUUAUCCUUUGACGCCCUUAUUGAAGUCUCAGGGUGUCUUCUCGAAAUGAACCAAGAGGUCGUUAGGUUUAUCAUUGAAAGCAAAGAAGAUGCGUGGGACAACAAAGAUUUGACAUGUUUGGUCAAUGCGUAUUUUGAUAGUAGCAUCAAGACCUUAGAUUUCUGCAAUGCCGUUGAUAAUUGUGUUAAACGUGCGAGGAUAGGCCAAAUGCUCUUACAGUUUGCGCUUAAGCAAUUUGAGAUGGAGUCAUCAGGGAACAACAAAUCCGUCGAGCCGGGUACUACUAAUAAGUACGCCAAAACUUUGGAAGAGCUUAACAAGUUUAAGGCUUCUGCUGAUCCGUUUGAUGGAGAUUUCUUCAUGUUGUUUGAGUCGGUUUACGAGCAGCAGGUUAUGCUUCUGGAGAUACUUCAUAAGCAAAAGAGGAAGCUUGAUAAAAAGCUUAAGAACAUAAAGCACUGGAAGAAAAUCUCGAAUGUGGUAUUCGUGACUGCCUUUGUCUCUGUUUUGAUCUUCUCUGUUGUAGCAGCCGCUGUGGCUGCACCGCCAGUUGUGACUGCGGUUGCAGCUGCGUUGGCGGUUCCGGUUGGGUCAAUAGGGAAAUGGUGUAAUCAUCUUUGGAAGAAGUAUGAAACGGCAGUGAAAGGACAGAAAGAUAUUGUUCUGUCGAUGAGGAUUGGUGCUUAUGUCACCAUGAAAGACAUGGAUAACAUUCGAGUCCUUAUAGAUAAGUUGAAGAUUGAGAUGGAAUCGAUGAUGCAAAAGGUUGAUUUUGCACUCAAGGAGAAAGAAGAAGAAGUGGCUGUGAGGCUUUCGAUGCACGAGAUCAGCAAGAAGUUUGAUGUUUUCACAGAGAGAAUCGAGGAAGUGGGUGAAAACGCGACUAAGUGUAGCAAAAAUAUCACAUUGGCGAGAACAAUCGUUCUAAGGCACAUUCUAAGUUUCCCCUCAAGUUCAGAUUCAGAGCAAGGAAACUUGAUUGAGACUAUCACAUUGUGAGGGAUAACAUAGGCUGUAUAAUUAAAGCGGUGGUUAUUGAGAAGAGGUUCUGUGGUAUGUCACAUAGCGCUUAUAUAAUGUUAUGUGUAGCAGCUCUUGUAUACAUCUGUAUCUGUUUAGCACAGCAUAAUGUAUUACUCAAUUGGAAAUAAAAUUCAAAGUCGAUACUGAUUAUUUUA